CGCAAAGAGCGAGAGAUAGAAAAAGAGAGUGGCGUGGGACUUGGUAUCGGAGUGGAGGCUCACACACUUGGUCAGCAUUCCAUCUGUCGUCCAGGAGCAGUCCAGUCGUGCGACAGCCAGCUGAGGGACACACGCCGAUCGUCCUCAACAGUCAGUAGCAAUCAGAGAUAAAAACAGCAGGGCAAUAUGUACAUGCAACCAAACAUCGUGGAUUACCCCAACACCUUCAACGCGACCUAUCCGUCCAGAAAUCAUGAAUACACGAAAGAGAAAGUGGCGAAAAUGUCAGCUCUAAUUGAAGAAAAAAUCAAACACUUCAAGGCACAUCCUACCCUUGGAAUUAUUUGCGGGUCUGGAUUAGGUGAAGUGACAAAGGCUGUGAAAGACCCAGUGACCAUCGCGUACAAGGACAUUCCGGGCUUCCCGCGCUCCACCGUUCAGGGGCACGCCGGACAGUUCGUCAUCGGCUACAUCCAUGACGUACUGGUCGUGUGCAUGCAGGGCAGGUUCCACUUUUACGAAGGAUACGACAUUGGCACCUGCUGCUUACCGGUAAAGCUGCUUAAACUUCUUGGCUGCCAUUCUCUGAUAAUCUCAAAUGCUGCCGGAGGCCUCAACGCUGAAUUUAACGUGGGGGACAUCAUGAUCAUCCAUGACCACAUCAACCUCAUGGGCUUCUCUGGAAACGGGCCCCUAGUUGGACCAAAUGACGAAUCAUGGGGGCCAAGAUUCUUUUCAAUGCACAAUGCCUAUAAUCCGGCCUUCGUAAAAGCGGCGAAGGAGCAGAUGAGGAAGAAAAACAUGCCUGAGCACGUAGGAGUUUACACGGCUCUUGGAGGACCACACUUUGAAACGGUGGCAGAGCUGAGAAUGCUCAAAUCUCAGGGCGUGGACGCCGUAGGCAUGAGCACCGUCCAUGAGGUGGUGAUGGCGCGUUACCUGGGUCUGCACGUCUUCUCCUUCUCUCUGAUCACUAACAAGUGUCCAACCACCUAUGACGGCGACAAGAAUGUUAACCACCAAGAGGUCAUUGACACCGGCCGCGAAAAAGCGCACGUCCUUGUCGACUUCGUUCGAGACUUGGUGCCUGUCCUCGACUCAAUCAAGGACUGAGACUUAAACCUGACGUGUUCUCGCGACAAGACGAAUUUAUCAACUCUCCUUGCGAAGAUAUUUACAAGCUUGUAACAGCUGGUGCUUGGUAUGAAAUUGAUAAAUUCCGCUGUCAUCAAAAUUAUAUCUUUGCUGUCUCAUGUUGUAAUUAAGUGUAUGACAUUUGUUUGGUCGUAUUUUUAGGUUUAUCGUUGAGGUUUACAAAUUUUAUGAAAUAAUAUUUUAAUAAAGAAAAUGUACAUAACACAGAA